CUUCGGCCCGGCGAUCAUCGCGACUUGCCUCCACCCAGGCCCAUGACCAAGAGCAACCUCGCGCACAAAAGAAUCUAGUCAUGUCCCAAUUCCCCGCCCCACAAGAGCUUAUCAAUACGAUCAUCGACGAAUUGCAAGAUGAUCACCUGUCUCUGACGUCCUGCUCGCUUGUCAGCCGUUCGUUCUCUUUCCAGACACGUCUGCAUCUUUUUCGACACAUCGAUCUCGCGGGGGGGACGCUCAGCGCCAAAUUCCACCGGUUGACCCGCUCAUCGCCUCACAUCCCAGGCUAUGUCAAGGACCUCACCAUCUUCAACAUCGCCUUCUCCGAGGAUCGCUACGCGAUGGCGAUCUUGAAGUCCUUAACCAAUCUGAGAAUAAUCGAGCUCCGCCACUCUCAAGUGUCCAGUCUCCCCAAAGUUGCAGACGCACUGUCGAAGAUCCCCAUCAGAUCUGUCGUCCUGUCCUUUACGACGUUUCUCGACGUCUCGAUUUUCUGUACGUUGAUGAAUCGAUGUUUUCCCGAGAUGCGGAACUUGGAGAUGUCCGAGGUUCAUGCCCUUGCGACCGCCGAUGCGGAAUUUGCAGCAGUCCCUGAGAGGUCCUGCACGAUGGAGACAUUGAAGAUCAAGCUAGACGAUGUCGAUCAUGGGAUACUCAAAGCCAUGGCAGGGGGGGCGUUGGGAGCUCUGACGGAGCUCCAUACCCUCUUUACCAUCGGCUGUCCCGAGGAUGACGCCGUUCCUCACUUUCAAAAGCUGCUGUCGCUCCCCUCGCUUCGCGUUUUGCGUCUUCGUAACCUCCAAUAUGUGAUUAUGUAGGACACACUCUGCCUGAUCCCGUCCCGCUCUUGCAUCUUCAUACGAUCGUGAUGAAUAUGAUAUGCUUGCAACCUUACACCCACGUUUCUCUACUACGUUGGCUCGUUUCCUGCCUGUCGUCGGAUCCCGGGCGAAUAUCGUCCAUCCGACACAUUACCGUUAUUUAUACGGUGUAUCAGAGACAUGGAGAUCAUCUCACCGAGGCAGAUAUAAUGGCGUGGGCGGCAUUGGAUAGCUUGUUAUCACAUCCACGCAUGUCUGCGUUGGAGCUGUUUC